CCAGCUGCCUUCACCGCUGUCGCCGCCUUCCGUCUAAUGUGCUACAAGGAUGAGCCCAGCGUUCGGAGCCAUGGAAGUGGAGCACUAUUCCAAGGGAGUCCUGCUGGAGCCUUUUGUCCACCAGGUUGGAGGACACUCCUGUGUCCUCCGGUUUAAUGACAAGACAAUCUGUAAACCCCUAAUUCAGAGGGAACACCAGUUCUAUGAGACUCUCCCUACAGAAAUGCGUAAAUUCACUCCACAGUAUGAGGGUGUGGUGUCGGUGAGCUUUGAAGAGGAUGAAGAUGGAAACUUAUGUCUAAUAGCAUAUCCACUAAAUGGGGACCACGAUAACUUAGAAAACUUAGAUAACUCUGACUGUGAACCCAAAAGUAAGCUGUUGAGAUGGACUAACAAAAAAACAAUGUUGUUAGAAAAUGAGAAGAUAUCUAAGGAAUGGGUCCGGCAGCACAGGAAAGAGGAGAAAAUGAAAAGUCACAAAUUGGAGGAAGAAUUUGAGUGGCUGAAGAAAUCUGAAGUCUUGUAUUAUACUGUAGAGAAAAAAGGAAAUGUCAGUUCUCAGUUUAAACACCAUAAUCCUUGGAGCAUGAAAUGUCACCAGCAACAAUUACAGCGGAUGAAGGAAAACGCAAAACACCGAAACCAAUACAAAUUCAUUUUGCUGGAAAACCUGACAUCCCGAUACGAAGUGCCGUGUGUGUUGGACCUUAAGAUGGGGACGCGGCAGCACGGGGACGACGCGUCGGAAGAGAAGAAGGCAAAUCAGAUCCGCAAGUGCCAGCAGAGCACGUCGGCUGUGAUCGGGGUGCGAGUUUGUGGCAUGCAGGUCUACCAGGCAGGCACUGGCCAGCUGAUGUUCAUGAAUAAAUACCACGGAAGAAAACUCUCAGUCCAAGGAUUUAAAGAAGCACUUUACCAGUUCUUUCAUAACGGCAAAUACCUGCGCAGGGAACUCUUUGAGUCUGUUAUUAAAAAACUGACUGAACUCAAGUCUGUCCUAGAGAAACAGGAGUCUUAUCGCUUCUAUUCGAGCUCCUUGCUGAUCAUUUAUGAUGGAAAGGAGAGGCAGGAAGUUGCUGUUGACUCGGACCCAGAGGAUCUAGAGGACCUUUCAGAGGAAUCUUCAGAUGAGUCUGCGGGAGCCUAUGCCUACAAACCAACUGCCAGUACUGUCGAUGUCCGUAUGAUAGACUUUGCCCACACAACCUGCAAGUACUAUGGAGAAGAUAGUGUGGUGCAUGAGGGCCAAGACACGGGCUAUGUUUUUGGACUUCAGAAUUUAAUAGAUAUUAUUAAAGAAAUAAGAGACGAAAGCAGUGAAUAAACAGUGUGAAUGCACAUCAGUAGAAAGCA